AUGGACCCGGUGGUGUCUGGCUCCCAACACACCAAUGUGCUCAUUAACGGUGGCACCAGCCUCAAUGUCCCAUUUGCCAUGACAUUAAAGAAGAUGGGGCUCAACAUCACCAACAUUCUCACUCUAACCAAAUCUCCCUUCUAUGGAAUUGUCCUAGGCAAUGCAGUUGUACCCCUUGGUCAGGUGGUCUUGCCAGUUACCUUUGAACCAAGAGCCAACUACGGGAUGGAGUACAUCAAGUUGAAGGUUGCAAACUUUGAGAUAUUGUACCGCGCCAUCCAUAGGCGCCUGGCACUCACCAAGUUCAUGGCAAUCCUGCACUACGUGUACAUAGUUUUCAAGAUGCUGGGACCAGACGGAGUGCCAUUGCUGCACAGAGACUUGAAAAGACCCUACCACUGCAACACCAAAGUCGUGAAAGUCCACUGCCAUGACCUAGGUGCCAGUGUCCAUGAUGGAAGUCUUCACUACAUCCAAAAGUUGUUUGCCACCAAGCUUGAAAUCGUAGAAAAGAAGUCAGGCACCUCCAAGAUCAAGCAAACCAAAGACGUUGAGGUGAAGGCCAUCAAUCUGGAGAUAGGCGAUAGCUCCAAGAUAGUCCUGAUUGGUGCAGUGCUCGAUCCCAAACAGGAACACGUGCUCAUUAGUAGUGGCGAAGCUUCAUUGACGAAGCAAGGGGGUGGUCUAUGCAAAUAA